UUGAGAGAGCUCUGAACAGGCUUUUUAACAAAUAAACGGAGACUGCCAGCGCGCACAAUGAGUCCGAAUGUUCCGAGCAGCAGACACAUGAACCCAGGCAGCUUCCGCCUCUUCAAACCUUGCCAAGAUCUGAUAUUUCCCAGGCUCGGGAUUCCCAAAUAUUUUGCUUAAGCCAGCAAAAUCCUGUGCCUUUUUCUUCCCUGCUCCCCAUUCCUCUCAAUUCUCCUCGACUUCCCUUUAUUGAAAAAAGACAAUAUUUUAUUAUGAAAGUUGUCCUACAAUUCAGGGUUAAAACUUGGAGGGGAUUUGAAAACGAAAAGAAGGAAUCGAAAAGGAAUGAGAGAACCGAAUCUUCUUGUGCCUUUCUUGGGGACGACUUUAAAAAUAGAGCAAGUUCUGGGAGGAUUCUGAUCCGAGUAUUUGGCACCAUCUCGGCUCAUUUUCUCUAAGCAAUACAAGUUUACGGACAGCUACCUAGCCAGCAGUUUUCUCCUAGCAUGGAUUUGCCAGGUUGGAUUGUGACUACUUUCUGAGGACUCUCUUUUGCCUAGACCUUCGAAAAAAAAGGGGAGGAGAGAAGAGAAGCUUACCCCCUCCCUUCCAUUCCCCUCCCCCAUCCCAUUCCUUAGCUGUUCCCACACCACCCUGGGUCGAAGCUUCUCGGAAAAAGAAAAGAGGAGAGAAGCAUCAAGUAGAGCAACUCAGCCCCCACCCCUCCCCACUUCCCCCCACCCUACCUUCUCCUCACUCUCCAUUUCUUUCUGAUCCCCUCCCCUCCCCUAUCCCCGCCUUCCUUCCCCCCUCUUGGCGCCCCAAUGCCGGCGCCUCGCCGGGACUGCUGCUGGCCACUACUGACUAUGCCGCGGCUGAGGCGGCGGGGGGCGCUGCGGGAGCCGGCGGGCUGCUGCUACUGCUUGGUGGCGGCGCUGGCUCUGCUACUGCUGCUGCUGCCUGCAGGCUGCCCGGUGCGGGCACAGAACGACACAGAGCCCAUCGUCCUGGAGGGCAAGUGUUUGGUGGUGUGCGACUCCAGCCCGUCCGCGGACGGCGCAGUAACUUCCUCCCUGGGGAUCUCUGUGCGCUCUGGUAGCGCGAAGGUGGCGUUCUCUGCGAUUCGGAGCACCAACCAUGAACCAUCGGAAAUGAGCAACCGCACCAUGACCAUCUAUUUCGACCAGGUAUUAGUAAAUAUUGGCAACCAUUUCGAUCUUGCUUCCAGCAUAUUUGUAGCACCAAGGAAAGGGAUUUAUAGUUUCAGUUUCCAUGUGGUCAAAGUCUAUAACAGACAAACUAUCCAGGUCAGUUUAAUGCAAAAUGGCUACCCAGUGAUUUCAGCGUUUGCCGGAGACCAAGAUGUUACCAGAGAAGCUGCUAGCAAUGGUGUUUUGCUGCACAUGGAAAGAGAAGACAAAGUACACCUCAAACUGGAAAGGGGUAACCUCAUGGGUGGAUGGAAAUAUUCAACCUUUUCUGGCUUCUUGGUCUUUCCUCUCUAAAUUCAGGCACCCUGGGUGGGGCCCAAGGUGUGGUAUGGACCCAGAAAUCCAUCACUUAAUAAUACCCUGAACUUGCCAGAACAUGAAACUUGUUCAACCAUCCAGUCAGACUAUGGCAGUAGAAGAAUGAUCUCCUCAUAAAAUUCUAAUAUUUACUUUGAAUAUUGACAAUUCCUCUGGAACCUGCUCCUCUCAUUAGUUUUAGAAGACAGUGGUUUUAGGAGAAAUGAAAUUAUUGACCUGGGAAAUUUGUACCUGUGAUUGUAAUUUCCAAUUCUAUUGUUGGGAUCAUUGACUUUUUUUUGUUUGUUUGUUUGCUUUGUUGUUGUCCUGAUGAGACAAGUAACUCAGAUCUCAAGAUUUGCUGAAGGACUCACAAAAAGGGGCAGAAGAAACUACCACCUGGAUAAGGGUUCUGCAAUGCAAUUUUUUUGUGUUUGUGUAGCCUUAAAAAAAAUAAUGGCUUCAGUCUAAGUCCUGUAUUUUUUUCUGGUUGGGUGGGAGGGUUAGGGGCGGGAUGGGAAUAUUAUGGACGUUACUGUGUCAAGAAGUGCUUUAUUCAGAGAAGCAAAUUUUGCACGAUUGGAAUAACCAAUUUUGUUUUGUGUUGUUUGUAUUUUUACUCAAUAUUUUUGUCUUUUCCCCAUUUUUCUUAAUUUAUUUUCUUUUGGUGCUGAAAAAUAAGUAAGCUAGAUUGAUCAAUAAGACAAAAAACAUACCUGUAAAUCAGAGUAAUGAUAACCAAUGAACAAAUUUGUCUGUUCUUUCAAAAUGAUCUUCACAGAUGCAUUUAAGAGCAAAGGUCUGAGAUUCUUGGACCUUUGAUUUACAGUCUGGAAUCGUUCAGGGACUUAAAGUUUCUACUUGGUCUGAUUUUUCUAGAAACAAAAGAGGAGGCUGUGAUGAUGUGAUUUGACCAAAUGUCCUAAAUUACAUCAUUUCUUUGCAUUACUAAGUGAAUUCUUGACCUUCUCAGAUGUUCAUUUCAAUGCUUUUGGUUCACCUGUGGUUGUACACACACUGAAGCACCACCUUAAAGUCAACAGAACCAGCUUCUUCUCUCCUUUAAUCUAAAUAAAACAGAUAUGACCUGCCACACAAAGGUGUAUUUUGAUAAAGGAACAUCCAGAUGGCCCCAUGCUUGGUUAAAAAAAGCAAUCCUCAUAUCAGCUUUGCCCCUAUUUAUAUGAGAGACUAUCUGGGAAAUGGAUGAAUGCAGUCUCCUGUACAGGGAAGAGUCAUUGAUUUCAAACCUGUUAAAAGUUGAAACCUCAAGCUGAAUGCCAGUUUGUCCACUGUACAACAGUAUAACCAAAAUGUUGAAGAUACUUUAAGAUUCAAAAUAAAUUGAUUUGAUGUCUGGCUUGGUUCUCCCCCUUCUCCCAUUACAUCUGUGUAAGGGUCAAGGAUGAAGGAUUUUGGAAAUGUUUUGGGAAUUUGGAGGAGCUGUUCCAUGUGAUGCCAAGGCAAUUGUCUGAUGGCUCCAUGUGGCUAUUUAAAUAUAUAUGUCUGCUUAGAUGUACUGCUGGAUCUGGAUAUAUAUACAUACAUAUAUAUGUACAUUUGGAAGCAUACAUAUGUGCAUAAAUAUUUAUUCAUAUUUCAUAUAAACGAGAAACAAACUAUCAGUGUCAAGAUGUUUUGAUUGAUGGGCAAUGUGCUUUCAUAAUAAAUUUAACUUAGGACUGAGAAUAAACUAAAAAAGAAAAGUUCAUUUAAAGACAGAAUCAGGUGUUUCCAAUGGUAAUAGACUCCAUUUAAAAUAGUAAGUGUUGAAGGGAGGAGAGAUAUUUCCCAGAAAACCUAAUGCUUCAUCUAGUACUUCCAUCUGACUGUCACUGGGCUUUCUCUGAGGGACUGUUGGAAUGGGAAUUGAGCUAGAUCUGAAAUGGCUAUUACUCAGUAGAUAGAUUUGGAUCCACCAAAAAUAGCAAGUGAGACUCAUCAGAGAAAUAAUUUUCAUGGGUAUUGUGAUCUUCCUUUAUAAUACACUUUUCCUAAAUUGAUUACCUAAGUUAAUAAAUGCAAAAAUAUUACAAACAAAUGUAGAAAAUGUAAGCAGCCACAUGAAAGUUGAUUUUCAUUUUCUAUUCCAUAGCCAUUAAUAUGUAUGUCCCCUUUCUGUCUCCAUUGCCUGAGUCCUAAAGUUGAAUUCAAAGCAAAUAGCCAGUCUCAGCAAAGGGCAAUGCAAAGUAAUAUAGAGCCUAUAAUAUACUAUUUUAUUCAAUUUUUAACUGGAUAGGUAUCAUAUAAUAUUCAUAUUAGCUAAUAUAUACACAUUGAUUAUCCACAGCCUCUCAUCAGGCUCCAUUGGUCAAUAAAAAAAUACCUAUUAAAUUAGUUUAUUGAAAUACAGUAGCAUUAAAUUAAUUAUUCAUAUUUUAUAUUUAUCUUGAAUUAGAAAAUUUCCAAAUUCCUGAAUUCCUGAUUUUCCUAACGAAAGGUUCUUUUACUUGAAAUGGAAUCCCGAAACUAGAUUAGGAAAAAGCUGUGAUAAUAGUAUAUCUGACAGUCACUGCGAUUCCCUGACAAGAAACUGUUUCAUCAGUAUUUCUUUCCAUUUGGUUAUGGAACCCGAUCUUUGUUUAGGUGAAAUUUCUGUAUUCUACAAAAAAACCCUAAGUGGUACUUUGUGGCAAGACAAGGUUCUGAAAUGUGUGUUGUAACAAAUAUAUGAUAAUGCACAUUUCUAAAUAACAUAUCAGUUGUUGGUUUCCAUGAUUUGCAUUCUUUUGUUAGAGUAAGAUGUCUCCUUUGUGGAAAAGGUGUGUUAAUAUGCCAUUCAUAACUUUCAAAAUCGAUUAUAUAUGAAAAUAGAUAAUUGCCUAUCAAAGCAACAUUCCACCUUUCCGUAUAUCAUGUUAACUCUUUGAUCUUCUGUUGAUUUUGUUCACACAUGAUUUAAUUUUUAUGCAUCAAAAUGAUUAACUUGUCACCUCAGAGUGAACCACAACUUUAUAAUUAUAUCACAUGGCAUUUUUGUAUUUGUUUAGCACCUACACUACCAAAAAAAAAGCUUUUCCCCACAAUGAAUGAAAUCAAAAGCAUUAAAAUGACAUGAUUUAGUGGGCCAACUUUUAUGCAUCUCAAAAUAUCAAAUCUUAUGCUGAAAGUUAUAUUUGAUUCAUGUUAACCCUUCUGAUUAAGAACAGGAAAUAAAACCCCCCACCAAUAAUAAGGAAAUAGUUUUUCUAUUUUGAAGUAUGUUAUUAAUUCAAUUUGAAUUCUACCUAAAACUCUUUACUGUCUAUUGUUUCUAAUUAUUACUAUUUUUUCAAAACCAGUCAUUUCUGGUUUAUGUAAUUGUAGUUAUUCAAAAUGAUCUAUCUUUUUAAUGGUUGUCCUUGCCAUUGAUGCCCAGAUAGAAGCUGGUCUUGAUUAUGCCAUAUUGAGUGUUAACAGGAAAACAAACAGCACUCUUUAUAGUUUACAUAGUAUUUACUUUUUUGGGGAAAAAUGCUUUAGGUAAUCCUAGUUCUGUAAGCAUUAAAU